CGUUUGACCAGGCUGGAUGGGGCAGUAGUGAUCACACUACAGUCCAAGGAGUGAAACGGGAACUCUUUUAAGCAAGAGUCUCGUGCCUGAAGCUCAUCAUGGCAAUUCCCAUAAUUCACCUGCUGCUGCUCAGUCUCCUCAUCGCCACUGCUGCUGGGAAAGGCCUGGAGAAGGGACCACUGGAGAACAAGGUUCUAGACGUACCAGAGGGGACACCUGUACCUUACGCCCUCUACCAGUUCCAAGCGUCCCACCUCGAGGUUGAUGGGUUCAGAUUGACAGGAGAGACUGAAGGAAAGAUCAGCAUCUCAGAGGACGGCUGGCUCUACCUAGAACAGACCUUGGACUGGGCCCACACACAGACACAUACUCUGGAGCUGGAGGCCUUAGUGGGUUCAGAUCCAGUAGAAGGUCCAGUCAGCAUCACCAUCAACGUGUUGGAUGUCAACAACCAUGCCCCCUCCUUCAACCAGACAGACUACAUCGGCAUCGUCAAGGAACGUACCCCCGCAGGUGUUCCAUUUGCGCGUGUGUUUGCUACUGACCUGGACGACUCAGAGUCUCCCAACGCCCAUCUGAGUUACACCCUGGUCUCCCAGAUCCCCAACAGAGACAACACCCUGUUCUUCCAGAUCAACAGCAACACAGGAGAGAUUUCUACUACUGCCGAGGGAGAGCGUCUGCUGAAGGCCAGAGAAAGUGUUAUUCAUUCCAGAGGAGGGGACUUCAGUGAUUCUCUGAAGAAGAGGUUUGAUGACUACUGCACCCCCACAAAGGACAUCCCUUAUGAACUCAACCCCUUCUACAGCUGUGUGCAGAGGGCAGAGUCUCGGAGGCUGAACCCUCUGGAAGACCCAGACUUCACGCUGAUUGUUCGUGUGGAGGACAUGGGCGGGGAGUCAGUGAACGCUCUCAACGGUAAUGCGAGGGUUAAAAUUGUCGUGCAGGAGAACCUGUGGGUCAAUCCUGGACCGAUCAACCUCAGAGAACAGUUGAAAGGGAUAUACCCCAUGCACAUCGGCAAGGUCCAGUCUAAUGAUCCCAGUGCCUUCUACAGGCUGGUACAGAAAGAGCGGGAGCUGACGUUCCCCUUCAAUGUCACAGAGGAAGGAGACAUUCUGCUGACUGAGGAGCUGGACAGAGAGGACAAGGCCAUGUACAUCCUGGUGGUGUUCGCUGAGGAUAGCUAUGGUAACCAGGUAGACCCUCCCCUGGAGGUGCAGGUGGUGGUGGACGAUGUGAAUGAUAACGCUCCAAUCUGUGAGGAGGAACUCAGUGUGUUUGAAGUGCAGGAGAACGAACCCACAGGCAGCCCAGUUGGACAUCUGAUGGUGCAUGAUGCUGAUGAUGACAACACACCCAACGCGCUGCUCUCCUAUUCGCUGGUGUCCCAAACCCCUUCCUCCGUCUUUACCAUUGAUGGCAUCAGCGGCCGCAUCCAGGCCAAGCAGAUGCUCCAACGCAGAGACGCAACAGAGUACCACCUCACUGUCAGAGUAAACGACCCAGGUUUCAGCACAGAAUGUAAAGUCCUCAUCAAGGUUAUCGACAUCAACAAUGAGCUGCCCAUCUUCGAGAUGAAUGACUAUGGUAGUCACAACCUGUCUGAAGACACAGCUCUAGGCCACACCCUCCUGACAGUGAAAGCCACAGACGCCGACGACCCUGGAACAGGAAGCUCCCGCAUCGAGUUCCACAUAACCGCUGGCAACGAAGACGGAGUUUUCGCCAUGGAGACAGACGACAAUGGGGAGGGCAGGCUUGUUGUUGCUAAGCCUCUGAACUAUGAGAUUGCUACAUCCUAUAAGCUACAGAUUGAUGCUCGUAACCCAGAGCCGCUGGUGAGCGGUCUCGAGUACGGCGCUGAGUCGUCCGCCGUGGUCUCGGUGGCGAUCAGUGACGUUGAUGAGGCUCCAGUGUUUGACAUGGACAUUCUGGAUGUCACAGUGCUAGAGGACACUAAGGAGGGAUCUACGCUGCUCAAAAUACACGCCAAGGACCCAGAGGGCAAAGAGAUACUGUUCAAGAUGGAGGGAGACACUAAGGGUUGGUUGGAGAUUGAUCCUGCUACUGGAGAGAUAAAGAUAAAGAAUAAAGCUGUGCUGGACAGAGAGACGGUGGAGGCCUUCCACUUUACUGUUGUCGCCUUCGAGAAAGCCAAUCCAGAGCUGUCCUCAGAGCGCGAGGUGUCUGUGAGGCUGCUGGAUGUGAAUGACAAUGUCCCCAAGCUGACAGAGAACCAGGCCUUCAUCUGUGUGAAGAAGCCCCAGCCUAUAGUCCUGACGGCCCUGGACGCAGACGCAGACCCCUUCGGAGCACCUUUCACAUUCAGCCUGGCCCAGGGCAAGAAGUCCCCCAACUGGGACCUAAGCGCUGUGGACGGUACAUCUGCUAAACUGACCCUGAAGAAAUCUCCCAGCGAGGACAAAACCUUCCUAAUCCCCAUCAACAUCAAAGACAACGCUGGCAUGGGCAUCACACAGAAGUUUGAGGUGCGAGUGUGUAACUGCACAGAGCUGGGAUACUGUUUCACCGAGCCAGGCGUUCAUGCAGGGGUGUUAGGAAUGCCCACCACCAUCGGAAUCCUGGCUGGAACUGUCGGAUUCAUCGCCCUGGUCCUGAUCAUCGCUUUCCAUCGUAUAAAGAAGGACAACCAGAAGAAAGCCUUGCUGGGAGAAACGGACGCCAUUCUCUAGAAACACAUGAGAUAGCAUGUGUUUGUUUAAUUGUUAUAUUUCUGAAGAACAGAUCUACUUUGAUUGGUUGUAUGCAUAUGUUAUAAAUACUACCUGGUUUCGUCAUAAUCAUGCACUCAUGCAGCUCAAUAACUUAUUUCCCUUGUCAGUGAAUUUUGUCUGUAUUUAGAAUUUAGACUGUCCAUUCUCAGCUGGUGUGUCUUGACUGGCUGUGUACUGUGUGAUGGUUCAAACACUCCAUUUCAAGCUGCUUGCUGUAAUUGUGUAGACUGUUGCUCAGAGACUUCAGUUCACCGUUUGCCUCUGACUGUUUUUUUGUGGUUGAUAUGUCUUUAUACUGAUACUCCAUGAUGUUUUUUUAAUGAGGCCUGAUAUUAGUGAAGAUGCUAGCUAGCCGAGGGUUAAAUUAGGACGGUUCCACCACUAGAAUGGGAGAAAGACUGCAUACAGUAAAGAGUAGAAAUGACCAUGGAAAAACAACCGAUGUUGGAGACAGUUCCAACACCUAAACAUCCCUCAGUUUAACCCUUGGUGUUAACUGUUUGACAAGCCCAGUGUAAAUGAGUGCCUGGUGAAUGUCUGAGUGUGUACCAUGUUUAUAAUAGUUUUGUGAUUUUCUAUUAAAUUUGAUUUCUAUUAAUUAUUCAAUUUAAAAAAAAAAUUCGGUUUAGUUUCCAUUCUGUUUCAGACUUGAUUUACUAGUUUUUAUUCUGUUUCAGUACGAUAAAAAACAUAUUUUGUUUUUAUAUUAUUCAGUUGUAGUUUCAGUUUCAGUUGUAUUUUUUGUGUGAGGGACAGAAAGUAGCCUCACGUGUCCUUAUGCUAGGGGCCAUGUAUGUGAUGUAGGACUAUAGCAGGGGUACUCAAGUACUAUUUGAGAUGGUCCGGUCACACACAUUUCCUAGGUGGCAAAAGUCCUGAUGGAUAUUUUCAUUUAUCGGCGUAGUAACACACCCUCACCUCGCAAUCCAUGCCACAACAAACUGUUCAAACCGUUCACACCCUUCUUGUUGGUAGAGAGAAUCAUUUGUCGUUUUAAAGCUCAUUGUCGGCAAUUCUACAUAUUAUCCACGUCUUAUGCGUGUUCACAUGAUACCGGUAGUCGAAUCCUCAGCGAAUUACAAAAAAUAAAACAAUAGCUAUCUCCCCAUCUUUAUCCUGAAAUUCUUUGUGGGUGCUGUACAGAUGAACUUUGAGGUUGUGGGAUGCAGGGUGGGAUGCAGGGUGGUAUGCUGCUGGCUGGCAGCAGUGGGAUGCAGGGUGGUAUGCUGCUGGCUGGCAGCAGUGGGAUGCAGGGUGGUAUGCUGCUGGCUGGCAGCAGUGGGAUGCAGGGUGGUAUGCUGCUGGCUGGCAGCAGUGGGAUGCAGGGUGGUAUGCUGCUGGCUGACAGCAGUGGGAUGCAGGGUGGUAUGCUGCUGGCUGGCAGCAGUGGGAUGCAGGGUGGUAUGCUGCUGGCUGGCAGCAUACCACCCUGCAUCCCACUGCUGGCUGGCAGCAGCAUACCACUCUAGAUCCCACUGCUGGCUUGCCUCUGAAACUAAGCCCGGUCGGUCCUGGUCUGUCCCUGGAUGGGAGACCAGAUGCUGCUGGAAGUGGUGUUGGAGGGCCAGUAAGGGGCACUUUUGCGUCUGGUCUAAGGAGAUCCCCAGGGCAGUGAAGGGGACAUUGCCCUGUGUAGGGUGCUGUCUUUUGGAUUGAAUGUUAAACGGAUGUCCUGACUGUGGUCAUUAAAAAGCCCAUUACUUAUCAUAAGAGUAUGGGUGUUAACACUGGUGUCAUGACAAAAUUCCCAAACUGGUACCAUUCCCAUCAUGACCACCUAAUCACCCCCCCCCCCACCCCUCAUUCUAAUUGGCAUAUAUCAAUUAGCUGAUGUUGCCGUUCAUCACCCAGGUGGGUUCUACACAUUGGAAGUGAGUUUCCCCCUACAAUGUAAAGCACUUGGAGUACCUCAGUUUGUAGAAAAGUGCUAUAUAACUCCAAGAAAUUAUUAUUAGCUUCUGACACUACGAUACAUUUGCUUUUGUCCUUUCCAGCAAUGUACUCCAAAUAAUCCCAUACAUGGCUUUGUCUUUUGCAACCAACCACUGCUGGUGUUGUGUUUGCUGCUACCAUUGUUCAAGCUCAUGCUUUGUCCUCGGAUUUCUUCCCUUAGCUAGCGAUGCAGCAGUUAGGCCUAUUUGAAACAUCACCAUCUACUGGCAGCAUUUACCCUCCAGAUUCAGAAGUUCAAAAACCCCAUUAGAGAAAAAAGCUUCAAAACCCCAUUCGAUUUUUGUCCAAAGUUUAGAAGGAAAAAAACAACUGAACAUGAUUCAUGAUGGUUUUAAUUAUAUUUUAGUUUGUUUUGCAGUCAAAGAUAAUAGUUCCAGUAUAGUUUUAGUUUUUCAGUUUACUCAAUUGUUUAUCCAAUUUUUGUUUUAAUUAAUUUUCAUUUCAGUUUUCAUUUACUAUUAUAACCUUGGUGUGUGCAACACAGUAAUGGAGAGAGGAGUGGAGAAAAUGUCUAUCUGAAUAAAGGCUAUCUGGACCUAC